CGUGCGCUCUCUGGGCCUGUGUGAAGCUCGUCUGCUGCAGACGCGGCGGCAGCGGCGGUGGCGGCGGCUGCAAGGCAGGCGGCGGCCCCGGGAGCAGCAUCAUGAACGGGUCACAGAACAAUGACAAAAGGCAAUUCCUCCUGGAGCGACUGCUGGAUGCAGUGAAGCAGUGCCAGAUCCGUUUUGGAGGGAGAAAGGAGAUCGCCUCGGAUUCCGACAGCAGGGUCACCUGUCUGUGUGCUCAGUUUGAAGCUGUCCUUCAGCAUGGUAUGAAGAGGAGCAGAGGAUUAGCGCUCACGGCGGCAGCCAUCAAGCAGGCAGCUGGCUUUGCCAGCAAAACAGAGACAGAGCCGGUAUUCUGGUUCUACGUGAAGGAAGUCCUCAACAAGCACGAACUGCAGCGCUUCUACUCCCUGCGCCACAUCACUGCGGACGUGGGCCGCGGCCGGGCCUGGCUGCGCUGCGCCCUCAAUGAGCAUUCCCUGGAGCGCUACCUGCACAUGCUCCUGGCAGACCGCGGCAGGCUCAGCACUUUCUAUGAAGACUGGUCUUUCGUGAUGGAUGAAGAAAGGUCUAGCAUGCUCCCUACCAUGGCAGCUGGUCUGAACUCCAUACUCUUUGCCAUUAACAUUGACAACAAGGAUUUAAAUGGGCAGAGCAAGUUUGCGCCCACUGUCUCGGACCUCUUAAAGGAGUCUACACAGAAUGUGACGUCCUUGCUGAAGGAGUCCACACAGGGUGUGAGCAGCCUUCUCAGGGAGAUCACAGCAUCCUCCGCCGUCUCCAUCCUCAUCAAGCCUGAGCAGGAGACUGACCCUCUGCCUGUUGUGUCCAAGAGUGUCAGUGCUGAUGCAAGGUGUAAAAAGGAGCGGAAGAAGAAAAAGAAGGUGACCAACAUCAUCUCAUUUGAUGAUGAGGAAGAGGAGCAGAACUCUGGGGAUGUUUUUAAAAAGAUCCCUGGGGCUGGGGAGAGCUCAGAGGACAACUCUGACCGCUCGUCCAUCAACAUCAUGUCAGCCUUUGAAAGCCCCUUUGGACCAAAUUCCAAUGGGAGCCAGAGUAGCAACUCAUGGAAAAUUGACUGUGUGUCUCUGAAUGGGGAGCUGGGGUACCAGAAGCUUGAUGUAAAAAGCAUCGAUGAUGAAGACGUGGAUGAAAAUGAGGAGGAUGCUUAUGGGAACUCAUCGGGAAGGAAGUGUCUGGGCCACUCGGAGUCACCAGAGAAGCCGCUGGAUGGAAACUCCUGCCUCUCCCAGGUGCAUGGCUGGGCUCCACUGCAGGUGCUUCACGGAGAUGCUGACGCUGACACUGAUGUCCUCUUCCCUGUCAGUGGAGUGGGCUCCUACAGCGCAGCAGAUGCCCCCGUAGGAAGCCUGGAGAACGGGACAGGACCAGAAGACCACAUUCUGCCAGUGUCUGGCCUUCAGUACAGUGUGGAAGCCAGCUCUCCAGGCCAAGGAAGUCCUCUGAGCAGCCUGUUACCCUCUGCUUCGACGCCUGAGUCGAUGACAGUUCAUGAACUACGUCAAGCCAUCGUAGCCAUGAUGAACAGGAAGGAUGAGCUGGAAGAAGAGAACAGGUCACUGCGGAAUCUCCUAGAUGGUGAAAUGGAACACUCGGCUGCACUCCGGCAAGAGGUGGACACCUUGAAAAAGAAGGUGGCUGAGCAGCAGGAAAGACACACCAUGAAGGUCCAGGCGCUGGCAAGAGAAAAUGAGGUGCUCAAAGUCCAGCUGAAGAAGUAUGUAGGAGCUGUCCAGAUGCUGAAAAGAGAAGGGCAGGCUGCUGAAGUGGUACCUAGUCUUUGGAACGUUGAUGGAGAAGUUACAGUCCCUGAACAGAAGCCGGGAGAGGUUGCUGAGGAGCUUGCCAGCUCCUAUGAGAGGAAGCUCAUUGAGGUGGCUGAGAUGCAUGGAGAGUUGAUCGAGUUCAACGAACGUCUACACAGGGCCCUAGUGGCUAAAGAAGCACUGGUGUCCCAGAUGAGGCAAGAGCUGAUCGACCUCCGAGGCCCCGUGCCUGGAGAUAUGAGCCAAACAUCUGAAGACCAGAGUUUGUCAGAUUUUGAAAUAUCAAACCGGGCUCUGAUAAAUGUCUGGAUUCCGUCUGUGUUUCUCCGAGGCAAAGCAGCAAAUGCAUUCCACGUAUAUCAGGUCUACAUCCGGAUAAAAGACGACGAGUGGAACGUGUAUCGGCGGUACACUGAGUUCCGGGGUUUGCACCACAAGCUACAGAACAAGUUCCCACAAGUGAGAGCCUACAACUUCCCACCAAAAAAGGCCAUCGGAAACAAGGAUGCCAAGUUCGUGGAGGAACGACGGAAGCAGCUCCAGAGUUACCUGCGCAGCAUCAUGAAUAAGGUCAUCCAGAUGGUGCCCGAGUUUGCCGCCAACCCCAAGAAGGAGACCCUGGUGCAACUGGUGCCCUUUUUUGUGGACAUCACCCCACCUGGAGAACCACUGAACAAGAAUAGCCGGCCCAAAGUGGCUUCCCGCUUCCCCAAACUGUCCCGUGGACACCCCAAGGAGAUGCGCAAUGUGGAGCCCCAGAGUGGUGACCUCUGACCUCAAUGGAAUCCCAGACCCCAGCCACAGCAGCUGGCCCGACACCUUGGCAUGACAACCACGUCCCCCCAGAGAGCACACCCUUCCUGCUGCCACAGGCCACUGAUUAAACUGGUCUAUCUUAGCUGCUGGAUCCCUGUCCUUAGAGAAGGCAUUGCUCACUGGACAGACACAGAUGGGGACACUGUCACUAACCCCCAGAGUGGCCAGGAUUAGUUGUCACCUCCUCUAGCUCUACCACGAUGGGUGCCAGGCUGGGCUGGAUGUCCUGGAUGCACAACUCCAGCUUGUCACAUGGGUGGAAGUGUUCUGAUGCCACCUGUGACACUUUCCUGUGUGGGAACUAGAAUGACUGUUACUCUCCUGGAUUUUCUCCUACCACAACUGCCUGCUGCAGCCUGUGGACAAAUCUCCUUCCUGAGUUUCCCUCUCCCCAUGGUGUUAGACACCCAGCCCCAUGGCUCAUGAAGGCAUCUUACUCCAGGCAGACAUCUUAUGACCUGGCAAAGGAGUCAUUAGUGACCUUGUCCUUGAAGAACUCACCCUGCCCUCCUGUGCUCCACAAAGCACCAGCCAUGUAGGACACCUGGGGCCACUCCAGCAAAAGCAGCUGGUUAGACCUGAGGGGCUUCACCAUCAUGCCAGGCCCUGAAGCAGCCUGGUGACUAUGGGAAGGACAUGCCUGGUCCCAGAAUUAAUGGCCAUGACCUCAGGGCAUGGGGAGACUUGGCUCUGGACACCACUGGGAAAGACCUUUUGGGCUUUCAGAUCCACUGCCAGCACUGAACAGAGUGUGACUGUCCCCAAAAGCAUGUUUAGCACAGACUGUCCCCAAAUAUGGUCUUAUGGGGAGCAGAGCCUUAUGGCCCCAAGAUGGAUAUUCCCCUGUUGCUCUCAGGGCAUCAUCCUAGAGACCAGGACUCACAGGCAUGGAGUGAAACAAAAACCAACUGCCUGGCAGCCCCCACUCUCCUUGACCAUCCAGCCCGGGUCCCUCCGCUUCGCAGAACCUGCACUGUCAGCAGUUUAAUCUCUGGAACCACGGAACCAUCUCCAUCUCAAAGCCCCUGAGUGUCUAGGUGCAGCUCAGAGGAGUGUACAGAAGGGGCUCUGGAACAAGCCACAUGUGUUUCUAUCUGUAACCAGUGGUGAAGCCAGUAGUUUGAGCAUAUCUCCAUGGGGAAGGCAGACUGAGUGGGCUAGAAGGACCUCAACUCAAAGCUGAGACCUUGGCAAAUGGCCUACGGGAACAGGGAUGUUUCUUUGUCCAAAGAGCACCCAGGGAUGGUCACCUGGAAGGUUGGUGCCACGUACAGUCAGCCAGAGGAACUUCUUUAGGGUUCAGGGAAACAGGCACCUCAAUAGCUUGGACUUUGGAGGGCACCCUGGGUCAGGUGGGCUAUGCCCAGGUGAGACAGGCAGGCCUGUUGGUCCUCAUGACUGGCAGCAGGAGUUGGGGGUGGUAUGGGGAGGCCCUCUGUCAUCUUGUGAGGAAACAAAGAACCCAAGAGUCCUCCUGGCCCUAGAAAGCUCCUGUGGACCUUCCGCCUGCCCCCCAAGCGGCCAUUCUCCACAGGCUCCACAUGAACUUAAGACCCAGGGCAUAGGUUGGGCCAUUGGACCCGGAGGCCCAAUACACAGCCCUGCUGACAAACAGAGCCCUGUAAGACUCUGAGAGGUACUUCUAUGUCACAUUCUGUAAAAAAAAAAAGAAAAGAAAGAAAGAAAAAAACCUUGCCAUUGCACACAUCUCCCAUUGCCCACAGUGCCGAGCAGCAGGCUUUGGGGUCAGGUCACCUGGCCCAAACAUACAUCACUGGAGUCUGGUCUCUCUCACUUCAGACACCAGACAGGAAACCUCCUUUCACCUUUGACACAAGCAGUUAAAGCUGAGAAAGGGAAAAACAAAAACUAAAACCCCAAACAAGGCACCCAGAGCCAGUAUCUUUUCAAGACUUAAUUACAGAAAACAUGCCCAGGCCCUCCACAGUGUGGAAUACUGGAGCAGGGUUCCAGAGCCCACUUGGGAGACCUUGACUGCUUGCUGUCUCCCCAACCCCACACCUUUUUUAUCCCAUGUUGAGGGUUGAAACCAGGGCCUCGCACAUGCUAGGCUCUCUGCAGAGCCACAGGCCAGCCCUGCCCUGUAUCCAAACUGGAUAUCCUGGAAUCAUCCCCACCUCUAGGUCUCUGCUCUCACAUUACCCCACAAGGGUGUAUGAGCCCCUCAGAACUUUAACUUUCAGAGUAGUGUGGGGUGGAUUUUAUGAGCUGGAAGGCUGUUCCCUUCUGUCCACUUGAUAACAGAGCCAUCGAACUCCCCAGACGUGAGGCCCAAAUUCUAGAAAGGAACUCAGAGCUGCCAUGGCCACCCAUCUGACUCAACUCCACCUCUUCAGGAAACUGCUUCUUAACCCUGAACCUAACCAUGACCUCAGCAUGCUUGUGGCCACUAAACUCCGUUCUUGGAACAGUCUGCACAUCCUGACGAAUGGGUCACUGUUCUAGGCCUUGGCUCCUGUCUUGCUUGCUCUGGAUCCACAAGGGGAUGGAGCUCCAUCUUCCCGUGCAACUUAAAAACACAGCUGGCCUCUCAGGCAGAGGCCAGUGGCCAUCACCAGAAUUUCACUUUGCGGCCUUCACCUCUGCACACACCACCCAGCCCUGCCCAGUCGAGGUUCUCCAGAGAGGCCUGGAUCUGCAGCACCCAGGACAACCUAAAAGCAUUCUUACCACGUGCCCUGUCUGUGCUCUACCCUCCCCUCCUACGCUGGCUAGGAGACAUCCACGAAGGGACAACCUCAUGCCCAAGGCAAUAAAGGUCUUGAUUGUGCAAUAUUCCCACUAGGGACGAUGGCCACCCACACCAGGGCCUCCUCCAGGCCUGGGGCAUGUGACCAGAAGACAGGCACCUCCUCACAAACAAGGUCGAUUGUAAUGAACAGUCUUCACAAUAUUGUGCAGUGAAGCUAACAUUAAAUAUCUGCUGUUCGGGUUGGCUUCUGUGCUAAUUUUGCACAAUUGUAGCACUGUAUAUUUUAUCUAAGGUUUCUGUGCCAAAAAGUUGAGUUCACUGUUGCUAUAACACACAGUCUUGGUUAUGUUUUUGAGGUAAAAUUCCAGCUACCGGAUUGAAGGAUGGAGAAUUCAGUAGCUGGGCCUCCUGGCUCUAGGCAGGCCAGACCCCGAGGCCCAUCUACUUACUGGAGCACACCUGGCCAUCGUGUCUCCUGAGCUAUGAGCCACAUCAAGGGCCUGCCUGUGACAGUUGCAGCAGCUGUCCCAGAACCCUUACCUUUGGUUGGUUCUGACCACCAACUUCAACAGGCUUCCUCAUACCCAAAGGUUUUAAAGAAGUAAAAACCUAAAGAUGAUUACAUCUGAGCUGCCCACAGACUAGCAGCCCCACUUGUAGAAAGUGCUGUAUAGCUGUGUGUUGAGGCCCUAGGUUUGGUUUUCACUGGUGCCUACCACUCUCUGCUCAACCCGUGCUGGCCAGCACCUUCCCCUCCAGCCUGCUCCGCUCUACUACCUGCCAGUGGAGCCCACUUGUCUACUUGGAGGGAUCUUUUGCCACCAAUAAGAUUCUGGACAGAGGACAUAGGACAUGUGAUGGUGGGUUGCACAGGGACCAUGGCUUGGCUGAGUACCUAGAAAGAGACCCGAAGAGCCAGAACCUCCAGGGGAGAGAGAAGACCUCCCUAGUGGAAAAUCUCCAUUUACCCCAGAAGGGUCCCUGGCCUCUGCAACCACAUGUCUGGAACCUGGGGCGCAUAGGGCCCAGAAGUCUGCAGGAGUCCAAGUGUGUGGUAUCCCAACCCGUCUCUUAUGUUAAGGUUUACACAAUAGAAUUUUUAAACAAAUAUGUUUAAUUUUCUAAAAUCUCUUGUAUUAAAAUUUUCUUUGGAAUAAACUGUGGUAAUUUUGUUACAAUCUGGUUGAAAGAAACCUUUUCGGUGAUGAGAUAAAAAUGGCAACAUUUUCUAAAUCAGG